AUGGAUGAAUAUUUUGUGAGAUCUAUCUGGCCUUAUGAAGGGAUGGAAUUUAUGCUGGUAGAUUCAGAUGAGAGUGCUAGUGGUCUCUUGUGUAUAUGGAGGCCACAUGUCUUUGAGCUCAAGGAACGCUGUUGUAGUAAAAAUUUCAUCAUUCUAUCAGGUACCUCAUGUAAUUCUUUUCAGUGUGUAUUAGUGAAUAUCUAUGCUCCAAAUGAGGUUCUCAAGAGGAGACAAUUAUGGGACACUCUGGUGAAUGUCUAUCCAAAUUUUCCAAAUCCUUGGUGUGUGGAAGGGGAUUUCAAUGAAAUUAGAUACAUGGGUGAGAGGAAAGUAUGCUCUUCUAGAGAGAGGGGGACGAAGGACUUUAAUGAGUUUGUAGAAAAGUUAGAACUGACUGAUUUGCCUAUGCUAGGUAGACAGUAUACUUGGUGUAAUGCACUGGAUGGGGAUAGGUGGAGUAGGAUAGAUAGAUUCCUGCUAGAUUUGAAGUGGAUGAAAAAGUUUUCUUUUAAGAAAUGGGGUUUACCUAGAACAAUCUUAGAUCACUGCCCCAUUUUGCUAAAGGAGGAUGAUAGGGAUUGGGGACCAAAGCCCUUCAAGUUUAUUAAUGCCUGGUUAUCACAUCCCUUCUUCAUGUCUGAAGUCAAAAAGAGGUGGGAGGAAGCACAAGUUCAAGGGUAG